CAAAGGUGGCUGGGGCUGCUGGUGUGGGGCUGGCUGUGGGGCGGGGGCUAGCUGUGGGGAAGGCUGGAGCUCUGGACACAGACACAGGGCAUGUCCCUAUGUCCCCAUGUCCCCAUGUCACCACUGAGGUGGGAGCAGAGCGGUGAGGGUGGUCUGCCCAUCUGCUCUGCCCGAGCACCGCACGCAUGGUAGCCACCCGGGGCCACCGGGGAUGCAGUGAGGUGGCCAACACACAAUGGCCCCAUCUCGCACCAACGGGUCACACUACGCACUGACAGCCAUCGGGAUGGGGAUGCUCAUCCUCGGCAUCAUCCUGGCUGUGUGGAACAUUGUGCCUGGCUUCGGACACCCCGAUAAACCCAACGCUGGGAAUAGCAGCAAGCCCGACCGCGGUGGUGGGGGCAUUUUUAAGAGCAAGACGUUUUCUGUGGCCUACGUGCUGGUUGGGGCAGGUCUGCUGCUGCUGCUGCUGUCUCUCUGCUUGAAUGUCCGUGACAAGAAGAGGCAGAGCGAGGAUAUCCCCAGGGUGGUGCAGCACCAAGCAUCCGUGGAGCCUUCACAGCAGGAGGAGGACAGCCAAGAAGAGGAUGAAGACGUGUCCUCCCGCUACUACGUCCCCAGCUACGAGGAGGUGAUGAAUGCAGGCUACUCAGAGCCCCACGACCCGGAGCGGAACCGCAGGAUCAGUGUCUCACUGCCCUCCUAUGAAUCACUGACAGGUCUUGAUGAAGGCACGCAGCCCCCAGGAGCAGCCAGCGCAGAGCCUGGCACCGAGCGGCCACUGGGCCGGCACAACUCACGUCUCAGCAAGCGCCUGAAGCCCCUCAAGGUGCGGAGGAUCAAGUCAGAGAAGCUGCAUCUCAAGGACAUCAGGCUCAACCUCGGUGACGGGAGCAGCACCGGCCCCAUCACAAUUGAGCCAUUGACCCCACCUCCGAAGUAUGAGGAUAUCCAGGAAAAAGCACCUGGAAGCCAACAGUUGACUUAGAAAGGAGGGGUUGGUCAUUGCGCGGAUUGGAAACACUCGGAGAGGGCUGGUUAUGGAGUGCGGGAGUGUUGGAUGCUCUCUGGAUGCUGAGGUACUGAUGUGGGGGGAACUGCAGCAUUGCACAAAUAGGAGUGGGUCUUCCCAGGACAGCGUUGCAUCAAACACCAUGGGGAAAUGGUGAUGCUGUGAAGGAUGUGAAGGCUGGAAGAGUCAGACGUGCUUUCUGCAUUGUUUUAAGUUAAGGACCACCUAACGUGUCUUCUCUCCUUUGUGCCUUGCCCCAGCAAUGGGUUUCCAAGCCACCAAACUGCUAUUUAAUAAGAAUUUUCCAAGAGGAAAAAGGGAAAUGUUCUGUCUUUUUUUUUUUUUAUGUCUUUUCUUUUUGAGUAAGGCAAGAAAAAGUGUCAGGUUAGUGAUGUAGCUGUCACCACUCCGGACACCAAUGGGGUUGGGGAUAGUGGCACAGGGCUGGCCCAAGUGCCUGUGGAGUUGCUUGCUUGCUGGUGCGAAGAGGAAUGAAACAAGCCCUUAAGCUUGUCAGACCUAUAGGCUUUACCCAUAGGAGAUUUCUUACUGGCAUCACUGCCCAUUCUCCUGUAGGAGAGGACUGUAUUUCUUGCCUCAGUGGUUUUCUCUUUUGUGUGUUGUGCUGUGAAUCGAAGGGACUGGGGGUCUGGGGCUGGAAACUGCCAUAGUGUACAACUGCCAAGAGUUGUUCAGAAUGUUCUGGGUGAAAUGACAAGACCAUGCAGUGCAAGCAGUCCUUUUCUAAAUAAAUAUUUUGUAUGUGG